AUGGCCUCCUCUGCUUCUUCCACUGCUCUCCAGGGGAUGAACCAACUCAGGCGGCGCCCGAGCCCGACGAGUGCCGCAGCGAAACACCCACUCACGAGCCUCGCCGUGCCCCCCGGCACCGGCAGGCUGGCGCUGCCCCGGCGGACGUGGGCGCCGGCGCUGCGUGCCAGCGCACGGAACUGCACCGCGCGCGUGCCGGCCCAGGCGCAUGGAGAUGGGGAGGAGACGCCGUUGAGGGUGGGGAUUGUGGGCUUUGGAAACUUCGGGCAGUUCAUCGCCCAGGGCAUCCAGCGGCAGGGCCACGCCGUGAUGGCCACGUCGAGAACAGACUACUCAGCCUACUGCCGGCGGCAUGGGGUGCAGUUCUUCGCCACCGUGGAGGAGAUGUGCGAGCAGCAGCCGGAUGUGGUACUCCUCUGCAGCUCCAUCCUCUCCACGGAGGCCAUCCUCCGCAGCAUCCCCAUGCACAAGCUGAAGCCCGACACCAUCUUUGCCGACGUCUUAUCCGUGAAGCAGUACCCCCGCAAUCUCUUCCUCGAGGUCAACCACCAAACCACCAUCAUCCUCCAUUAUCCUCCGAGCAAAGAUGAUCUUUUUCGUAACUGGGUACUUGAAGAUUGUGAACAUUUUUUAGAGUUGAGGAUCGUACUGAGAGGAAGUUUCUGUCUGCAACAGGUGCUGCCGCCGGAGUUUGGAGUCAUCUGCACGCACCCGAUGUUCGGCCCGGAGAGCGGGAAGAACGGCUGGGGGGGGCUGCCGUUCGUCUUCGACAACGUCAGGAUCUCAGAGAACGGCGGCCAGGCGCGCAAGUGCGCCCAGUUUCUCGGUAUCUUCGAGCGCGAGGUUCAACCCGCCGCCGAACGAAUAGAUGGGAAGAACAUCCAAAUAACUCGAUCUGAAACUGAUUCAUCCCACUGUUUUCAGGGCUGUCGGAUGGUGGAGAUGUCCUGCGAAGAGCACGAUCGGCACGCCGCGGGUAGUCAAUUCAUCACCCACACCAUCGGAAGGUACGACUGAGUCCUCUCCCCUCGUCGGCUUCUGAUUUGGCUUGGGUUGGUGGAGUGGUGGGUUGGUCGGAAAACACAAGCGCAGAAGAAUAGUCUCUCUCUCUCUCUCCCCCUCCAGUCAACUUUGGAGGGUGGGCAUUCCCAGAGAUAGAGAUAUAAGAAAGAAAAUUGACUGACGAAGAGCGGGUCAUCUUCUCUCCAGGAUCCUGUCGCACCUCAGCUUGGAGUCAACGCCCAUCAAUACCAAGGGAUAUGAGACGCUAUUGCAGUUGGUGAGCCGUCGAAAACUUCCUCCGUUGGAAAUCUUUCUUCCCAGAUUCUCUCACAAAGUCGACCGCCGCCUCACUUUUAACUCUUCACCCCCCUCCCGUUGACCACCUCAGAAGGAGAACACAGUCAGCGACAGCUUCGACCUCUACUACGGCCUCUUCAUGUACAACGUGAACGCCACUGACCAGGCAAGUUGCAGCUGCAACCCACCCGACAUCUUUUACGUCUUCCACGUUCCCUAGUCCCGGUUUCCCAGAAAACAAUCUGUGCCACGUGGUGGGUCGGCCUGGUCAACUUCUUGACGGCGGGAUCUCCAUUUCGGGUUGCAGAUUGAGAAUCUUGACCGGGCAUUCGAAACGGUCAAGCAGAAGCUCUUCGGCAAACUGCACGACAUACUGAGGAAGCAGAUCGUGGAGAGGGUGCCCAUGCCGGGGACUCCCGCCGCCGCCGCUGCCGCCCCCUACUUCCUACCGGCCAGCGAUAAGAUGCAGGACCUCUCCUCCUUCGCCGCCCCGCCACCGCCGGCGGCGCCGCUUGGAGAGCCCCCCGGAGAUCCCGCCGCCGCCGCCACGGCCGACUCUCCCGGCCUCCGCACCCUCUCGUAG